AUACGCCAUAUUGAAUUCCCGUAGGAAUCGGCUAGCAUUUUUUCCAGCUAGCGGCGUAACGGGGCCACUUUAUCAAUGGUUCUUAUUCGGUUUAAUGUUUAAAUACUUUUCUUUUCGUAACCCCCGACAUCGUAGUGACCUUUGAAAGGUCCAGGAAGCGGCGCAGAUUCACAACGGGAUCGCUAAGUGUUAGUUAGAUACUUGUAACGUUAGGGGGGGUUACCGGAGAAAGAAGUUGAAUGGAUCCGAGGGUAGCUUGGAUUCAGCCCGAACAGAAAGGACCUGCGAACGCCUUAUGGAUGCACGUCUGGGAGACCUCUCAGGGAGUACGGACAUUCUCCGCUCAGCUCCACAAUCAAAACCACAACCAGUGCGUGAAUUACGCCGCGUUGGAUGUAUUUAAAAAUGUGGCGACCGCGGUGGCAUCGAGCAAGAGCGUUUGCAGCAGCAACGGGAACGUUAACGUUGCUGCCAGUUUGAGCAACGGCAGCAGCCAUCAUAGCAUCAUGAACGGCACUGCGAUUUCCUCACUGGCGAUAGCGCUGUCCAACGGGAACGUACAUAACUCCUUCACCACGGCAAACACCGCUGAACCAGGUGAGGGGAAAACCCUACCCAAGAAGACGGGCUCUGUGUCCUCCUCAUCGUCGUCCUCACAGGAAUCCGGGACGGACAGCCCCCCGUCCAUCUGCUCACAUGAGAGGACUAUGGGUGGAAAUGUAACGGGGAACAUAAAUAAAAAUGUCGGGGGUGCCAAUCUACUCUUCAGCGCGAUCGACAGCAUGGACAAUAAUGUCAACCUUUACCACCACCACCAUCACCGUCACCUACACGAGCACCCGCCUUUCAGUUUAACGUUACAGCAGGUUUGCGUGAAAGGCCAUCAGGUUCACCCCUCUGGACCUGUAAAUCACACACACAGUCACCACCCGGGCCGAAGGAAAAGUGACAACAAAGCGAGCACUUAUGGGAUGAAUUACCUGCUUUCAAACUGCAGUAAUGGGAAUUACGCGAGCACUUGGACGCCCUGGAAGACGAGGAAGUACAACCCAGGGGUCCUCGGACUCCACGAGGAGGUGAUAGACUUCUACCACUUCAUGUCUCCUCGGCCAGAGGAAGCAGCUAUGAGGAAGGAGGUGGUGAACCGGAUAGAGAUGAUCAUCAAGGAGCUGUGGCCCACUGCAGAUGUCCAAAUAUUUGGCAGCUUCAGCACAGGGCUGUACCUUCCAACAAGUGACAUUGACCUGGUGGUGUUUGGGAAGUGGGAGCGCCCCCCGCUGCAGGAGCUGGAACAAGCUCUUCGCAAGCAUAACGUGGCAGAACCUUUUUCCAUCAAAGUGCUGGACAAGGCUACAGUGCCGAUUAUCAAGCUGACAGACCAGGAGACUGAGGUGAAGGUGGACAUCAGUUUCAAUGUGGAGACUGGUGUCAAGGCGGCAUGCUUCAUUAAAGAUUAUGUUAAGAUGUAUCCGGUUCUGCCUUACCUGAUCUUUGUGCUGAAGCAGUUUCUGCUGCAGAGAGAUCUAAACGAAGUCUUCACCGGGGGGAUCAGCUCUUACAGCCUCAUCCUCAUGGUCAUCAGCUUCCUACAGCUCCAUCCUCGUAUUGAUGCCAGAAACCCCAAUGAGAACUUGGGUGUGUUGCUGAUCGAGUUCUUUGAGUUGUAUGGCCGCCAUUUCAACUACUUGAAAACAGGGAUUCGCAUAAAAAAUGGAGGAGCGUACAUUGCCAAAGAGGAGAUUAUGAAGGCCAUGACAAAUGGAUACAGGCCAUCCAUGCUCUGCAUAGA